AUACAGACAAAAGUGAUACUGGCAAUCGUACGGACUCCGGGAACCUACAUUUCACGCACAUAGUUUUUCUUGUUCUACGAGUUCCCGUCAAUGUCCCCGCUGAAUAUCCGGCAAACGGUCGUUAAACCAUUUCAACGGCUCAACGAGAAUCUAUUUGAAUACCUACAAUGAAUUUUACACCGAGUAGAAAAAGUCUUGGAGUUUCAGAUGAUAAAAAUAAGUAUGAUCACGAUCUGCAACUUUAUCGUGAAAUCCCUGAUUUAGAUAUAAAUUUGGACGAAUUUGAAGAAUGGGCAAUUGAAAGACUGAAAGUUUUACAAAUCCUCGAACAAUUGAGUUUGAAAGGAAAUACAAAUAACUAUGAAGAUUAUAUUAAAUCAGUACUUCAAGAAAUAAAAAAAGAAGGACUUAAACACAUGUUUAAAUUGAUAAAUGGUGGUGUAUACAAAGACUAUAAUGAAAACUGUGAAGCAAGAAAAAGAGAUUUAUGCUCACAUUUUAUUCUUAGACUUGUUUAUUGUAAAAAUGAUGAGUUGCGAAAAUGGUAUAUUAACAGAGAAAUAGAAUUAUUUAAAUUACGCUGGUCACUUCUAUCAAAAUCUGAGAAAUUAAAAUUUUUGUCAUACAAUAACACAAAUUAUUCUGCAGUUAAUGAAGAAGAACAAAAUAUAUUGACUGAAAAUAUGCGUUCUUUUACAACUUCUGGAAGUACUAAUGAAUACUUUAAAGUUCAUUGGACACAAGUGUUAGAUUUAGUCCGUAAUAGGAAAGUUUUCUUAAGCGAUGGAUUUGCUUAUGUCGUACAAAAUGAUGUUAUUUCAGGAAUUUGUCAAACAUUUCGAUCUGAGCUUUCCCAAGAACUUAUUAAAUGUUUUCAAAAAUUCAGUGUCAUAUGUGAAGAUGAACGAUUUGGAGCUUUUAUUAAAUACUUACAUCAAUCAUACAUGGGUAAAAAUUACUCUGUUGCAGAAAACAUGUCUACAUUAUCUAUUAGUACCAUUGAUCAUGCAUCCAAGGAUUCAUUUCCUUUAUGCAUGAAACGUUUACAUGUAAAUUUGAGAAGUGAACAUCAUUUAAAACAUCAAGCUCGUCAACAGUAUGGUUUAUUUUUAAAAGGAGCUGGUUUGUCUCUCGAAGAAGCAUUGGUAUUUUGGAAAUCAGAAUUCACUAAAAAAAUGGAUGCAGAUAAAUUUGACAAACAGUAUAGUUACAAUAUAAAACAUAAUUACGGCAAAGAAGGUAAAAAAACCAACUACACACCAUACAGUUGUAUGAAAAUAAUUAUGGGUGCAGUAGGCAUUGAUGAGUAUCAUGGUUGUCCAUAUAAGCACACCAGUAGUCAAGCAUUGAAACAAUUACUCGAGACUACAAAUAUUUCAGCUCAAAGUAUUCAAGAAAUCCUUAAUCUUUCUCAAAACGGUCAUUAUCAAAUUGCCUGUACUAAGUAUUUUGAAGCAAAACAUGGUAUAUCACCUCGUUCUACAGCUAUAAACCACCCGAAUCAAUUCUUUGAAGAAAGUCAGAAAUUAAAAGGGCGUACUAAUGAAGAAUCUAAUCAUAAUGGAGAAUCUUUUCUUAAUGAUUCUCUAGUCAAUUCUUCAGUUAUGGAUGACCUAUCAAUGGCAGAACUGGAGGAAAGUAUGGAUUGUUAGUAAUAUAUACCUAAACUUAUUAAACUUAUUUUAAAAUAAAAAAAUUAAUUUAAGAUAAAACUGUUUACAUUGUUUGUAUUGUUAAACUAUGAUUACUGUAGUUUUUAUCAUUUUUAUAUUAUUAUUACUUGAAUGUAUGAUUAUUAUCCAGUUCCCCAACUUUUUUGAGUCAGCCAAUUCCAAAAUUAACUAAAAAAAACUUAAUGAAUCCUCCAACAAAUAAGUAUAC